AUAACCGUUGGGCGACGCGGGCUGUGGAUCCUCGUGGAGAAGUCGGUGCUCUGUGUUUGUGUUUCAGUUCUUAAACUAUCGUUUUUGUUGUUUUAGUCUCCACAAAGUCAGUUUCGCCCCGUCACUGUCUGAAGCGAAAGCCUGCUGGCCUCCCGCCUUGUCCCCGGGGGAGACGGGUCCUGGCCUGCCGCGGUUUGAGGAUGGAGCGCGACUUCUUUCGCGAAUUCCAGCCGUUCGAUGACUCUCCGAGGUGGAAAGAGCUGCUUUCCCCCGCCCUCGUGCAGGCUGUGUCCCAAAUCUUGCACCGUUUUGCCAUCCCGGAGUCUCGCCGGGGCAAGACCAGAAACACAGUUCUUCAGGACCUGAGUGCGCUAUUGGAGACGUCAGAAUUUAAUUUGUUAUUUGUGGGGCGAGACACCCCGCACUGCGGAACGCCGCAGAUGCUAGGGCAGGUGGCGGGCGCGCUGGCGAAGUUCGCAUCCCCGCCCAGGGAGCCGGGCGGUAGGGGCGACCGACAGUCCGAAGUGGCCGAGAAAGCGGCAGAAGUUGGGCUGCUCUUUGUCAAACUGCUGGGGAAAGUCGAGGCUGCCAAGAAUUCCUUUAGUCGCCGAGCCUGGAAGACCGGCCUCCAUUACUUGGCAGGCUCCUGCUAUAUAUUUGCCGUCACACACACCCUGGAGCAGCCGUGGACCAGCCCGAGCUCUCAGGACGCUGCCGGCGAGGUGCUCAGUGCCCUGCUCCGAGUGAGCGAGUGCAGCUCGGUGUCGGGAUUCCUGCGUGGAGAAAGGCGGGGAGAGAAGGGGACGCUGGGCGUGGUCCUGGACCUGCUCAGACCGGACCUCAACAAGGAAUCUUGGAAGAAUAAUCCUGCCACCAAGUAUGUUUUCUCAUGGACUCUGCAACAGGUCACUCGACCCUGGCUGAACCAGUAUCUGGAAAGGGUACUUCCAUCAUCAUUGCUCAUCUCAGAUGACUAUCAGACUGAGAACAAAGUCCUGGGUGUACACUGCCUCCAUCACAUUGUGCUGAAUGUGCCAGCUGCUGAUUUGCUCCAGUAUAACAGGGCCGAAGUGCUGUACCAUGCCCUUUUCAACCACCUCUACACACCCGAGCACCUCCUCGUUCAGGCUGUGCUCCCCUGUUUGCUGGAUUUAUUCCCUGUCCUGGAGAAACCGAUGCACUGGACAGGAGAGGCAGCUCGGCACAGCACACUCUGUGAUCAGGUGCUGCAGCUGGUCCUGACCCACAUGGAGCCAGAACACCGCCUGCUUUUACGUAGGACCUAUGCAAGAAACCUCCCAGCUUUUGUGAAGAGGUUGGGAAUCCUAACUGUCCGGCACAUGAAGAGGCUGGAGCGAGUCAUCAUUAGUUAUCUGGAAGUUUAUGAUGGACCAGAGGAAGAAGCAAGGUUGAAGAUACUGGAAACCCUCAAGCUUCUCUUGCAGUAUACUUGGCCCAGAAUCUCCUGUAGACUUGUGGUCUUACUGAAAGUGCUCUUGAAACUGGUAUGUGAUGUAGCAAAGGAUUCAAGCCUCACACCAGAGCCUGUCAAGAAUACCUUAUUAGAGAAGGCAACAGAAUGCAUGAUUCUGCUGGACCGCUGUUCUCAAGGACAGGUCAAGGGUCUCUUGGCCAAAAUUGCUGAAAGCUGUGAUGACAGCACAGUGGUGAACUGUAUCAUAAGAGUGCAACAGGCUUCUGAAGACAUUCCCUCCCAUGGAACUUAAAAUUAGUACCACUUCCCUAAAGAGGAAAAGACUUUUCCAUUCCAAUUGUAUAAAUGGAAUUAUUUAAGGAAAGAGGUAUUUUUACAC